UUCUUGACUCGAUUACUUCCGCCUUCACCGGAAGUCUUUCGUGUGAACAUGGCGGCUACUCAAACGACAAACCCGUCGCAGCUGCUCCCACUUGAGCUCGUGGACAAAUGUAUCGGCUCUCGAAUUCACAUCGUCAUGAAAACAGACAAAGAAAUCGUCGGCACCCUGCUGGGUUUCGAUGACUUUGUCAACAUGGUCCUGGAGGAUGUGACAGAAUUUGAAAUCACACCAGAGGGAAGGAGAAUAACCAAACUGGACCAGAUCCUCCUCAACGGAAACAACAUCACCAUGCUCAUCCCUGGUGGAGAAGGACCUGAAGUGUAAAUUCCCGGCUGCUGAGACGGUUUUCUGUUGUGGAUAAAUGCCUUUCCUGCGUUAGCGUUCCUGAGUUUAUUAUGUGAUUAUUGUUAGCGGUUUUCCCUCUUGAUCCAGAGGGGGUGAAAUAUUUUUGUAGCCGGAUUCCUAAUUGAAUGUUUGAUAAAUGAGAACCAAACAUGACAAAAAAGCUGUUUUUGUUACAAAUAAAUUAAAGAAUCAAACACA